AUGGUGAUGUUCAGCCGGAUUCUUCACCUCAAGGUCAAUGGGUCAUCAACAGCUCUGCUCCCUCGCUCUGAACAGGCCAUGAGGGAUGGUGAAUUCUCAGAGAAAGAAAAUGAGUUCCGGGGCGAGCUGGUGAACCAGCGGUGGACACGAGGCGAGAGGACCAGUAGCCGCUGCCAGGCCUCCCAGAGACUGCAGAGCCGUCGACCAAUCAUGAUGAGUGUAGAGGGUGACGCCAAGCGAACUCGCACUCGAUCCAAGGGAAUCAGAGUUCCUAUUGAGCUUGUAGGACAAGAGCUGAGCUGCCCCACCCCUGGAUGCAAUGGCUCUGGCCAUAUCAGUGGGAGAUACUCACGACACAGAAGCAUUCUGGGCUGCCCUAUAGCCAGAAAGCGCCGUCUAGAGGAAGCCGAGGCCGAGCAGGAGCAGGACACAGAGAGGCCCGCCACCAAGAGGAAGCCCCAACCCCUGAAAAUGGCCCUGGACGAGGGCUUCAGCGCAGAGAGCGACGCCAGCAGCGAGGCUGAAGGCGAGGGAGAGAAGGAUGGAGAGACAGCAAGAGAGACCAAGGAGUUGGACGAGGAGGACGAGGAGGAGGAACAGAGGGAGGCAGCUGUAGAGGAGGUGACGGAGGAGAUGACAGAAGACCUGAUACAGGAUGGACAGAGAAAUGGACUGGAGGAGGAGACGCAGAUGGAGGAGGAAGAGGAGAGGGAAGAAGAAGUAGAGACAUAUCAUAAGGAGGAGAACACAUUUGCUGCAUAUGAAGAGGAGGAGUGUGUGAUCAUCGAGCCUGAGCCUGGAGCAGCGCCGCCUGCAACCGAGGAGUGCCAGUCGCCCUCUCAGAGUGCAGAGGAGGUGGCCAACUCUCUCCUCCACCUCGGCCGCAUCCCCGACAACAAUGCUCCGACUGUGGCCAUUCAGCAGCCUGUUGCCGUGGAGACUGAGGAGGAUGUCACUGUGGCAGCCGAACGGGGGGAAGAAGUAAAGGACGAGCAGGAGGGGGGCAUGACUGAGGGGGAAGAGGAAGAGGAGGAGGAGGUGUCACGCGGGGUUCAAGCAUCAGAAGAGGCAUCUGUUCUGCAGAAGGAGGCAUUUGAAGUGGAGGAAGAGGAGUUGGAGGAGGAGGUAGAAGAUGAGAAAGGAGAGUGCCCAGACAGGAGCCACCAUGUGAUCCAGAAGAACCACCAAUAUGUUACCGAAGAUGUCCGCCGUGAACUGAUCAAACAUGACAAGGAGGAGGAGGAGGAGGAGGAGGAAGAGAUGGUAGCGCCAGCACAGCAAAGCCGGGGCACUCCAGUAGAAGAUGAGGAAGAGGAGGAGGAGAAAGAUGAAGACAUGAACCACAUUCUGCCCAUUUCUGAUGUGUCAACCGCCAUCCACACCAUCACCAGCACCGCAGCAGCUCAGGGAACACACAACAAGGCAGAGGACCACAGGGCCAGUCCUCUGGAGGACUACAACUCAUACGGGGCCAGUCCCCUUGAAAACUACAACACCAACAGGGCCAGUCCACUUGACAAAUAUGACUUUCAUAAACCUAGCCCGCUUCAGAACUAUAAGGCCAGCCCUCCUUUAAGCUACAGCUCACACAGGGCCAGUCCACUGGAGGACUUCUUCCCCAACCUCAGAGGUGAGAACUAUAAGAUCCACAAAGCCGUGUCCUCCGCCUCUCCCGACAUUAUCGAGGUGCGAUCAGAUAGGUCAGAGGAAAGAGACUUUGACGAUGUGGAUGGGGACGACGAGCGCGAUGACGAAGACAGCCUGUCGCAGCGUUCCGCGGUGACGGACGAGUCUGAGAUGUUUGACAUAACCCGAGGGAACCUGGGCCUGCUGGAGCAAGCCAUCGCCCUGAAAGCGGAGCAGGUGAAGCCGGUCGGGCCCAGGGAUCUGCUCCGCGCCCCAGAUAUCCACCACCAGCGAUACUUCACCAUGGAUGACAGGCCCAAGCACCUGGACAUCAUCCGUAAGAGCUACUUCAGCAAAGAGAGCAGUAGGCCAGAGAAGAGGGAGAUCAAGUGUCCCACCCCAGGGUGUGAUGGGACGGGUCACGUGACCGGUCUUUAUCCCCACCACCGCAGCCUGUCAGGCUGUCCGCACAAGGACAGGAUCCCCCCGGAGAUUCUGGCCAUGCAUGAGAAUGUGCUGAAGUGUCCAACACCCGGCUGCACCGGUCAGGGCCAUGUUAACAGCAACCGUAACACACACCGCAGUCUUUCUGGAUGCCCCAUCGCUGCUGCAGAGAAGCUGUCCAAGGGCCACGAUAAGCAGCUUCUCUCUCAGCCCGGCAGCGAGCACCUCAAAGGAAGUCCUAACGACAGAGUGUUAAGGCCCAUGUGCUUUGUGAAGCAGCUGGAGGUGCCCCAGUACGGCAGCUACAGGCCCAACAUGGCGCCCGCCACACCCCGCGCCAACCUGGCCAAGGAGCUGGAGAAGUACUCCAAGGUGUCCUUCGAUUAUGCAAGCUUUGACGCUCAGGUGUUCGGGAAGCGCAUGCUUGCUCCAAAGAUGCCCACCAGCCAAACGUCACCCAAAGCCUUCAAAACUAAGCCCUCAUUCCCCAGGUCCCUAUCACCCAGCCUCAGUCUCCAUGGUUACGAGAAGAGCUCCUCCUUGGCCUACGACUACUCCCAUGAUGCCGAGGCCGCUCACAUGGCUGCCACUGCCAUCCUGAACCUGUCCACGCGCUGCUGGGAGAAACCUGAGAACCUCAGCACCAAACCCCAGAGCAAGGCAAUUGACAUAGAAGUGGAUGAGAACGGCACCCUGGACCUGAGUAUGAAGAAGCCCAUCAAACGAGAGGGAAGUCUCUCCGGCACCAGCCCCGGGGUUCGGUCCCCAGACCCCUCGUCCUCUUCUUCCUCGCUUCAUCACGGCGGAAGCAGCGGGAUGACAUCGCCAAACCUACACACAUACAAGCAGGAGGAGUGGGAGGGCCCCCUUGAUUACACCAAACCCAACCGCCAAAGGGAGGAGGAAAUGGACGAGAUGGAGCACACAGGCCAUUCGUUUGUCUCGUCCGACCCGGAGGACUGUGACAUGAUGCAGGACUGUCUGGAGGAGAGGAAGUACCCAGGAGAGGUCACGACCCCUAGCUUCAAGGUCAAGUUCCAACCCAAGGAUAGCAAGAAAGAGCUGCUCUCGUGCCCUACACCUGGGUGUGACGGCAGUGGUCACAUCACUGGAAACUAUGCGUCCCAUCGCAGUCUGUCUGGGUGUCCUCUCGCUGAUAAGAGCCUUCGGUCCCUCAUGGCGGCCCACACCCCUGAACUCAAAUGUCCCACCCCAGGAUGUGACGGCUCAGGUCACAUCACAGGAAACUACGCCUCCCACAGAAGUAUCUCUGGGUGCCCGCGUGCCAAGAAAAGUGGAAUUAAAACUCCUACCAAGGACAACCAGGAGGACUCCGAGCUUUUAAAGUGCCCGGUGCCUGGCUGCGACAGUUUGGGUCACAUCAGUGGAAAGUACGCCACCCACCGUAGCGCCUACGGCUGUCCGCUGGCCGCCCGCAGACAGAAGGAGGGUCUCCUGAAUGGCACACCCUUCAACUGGAAGGCCUUCAAGACAGAGGGGCCCACUUGUCCCACCCCAGGUUGUGAUGGCUCUGGACACGCUAACGGAAGCUUCCUCACACACCGCAGCCUCUCAGGAUGCCCCAGAGCAUUGUUUGCCAAGAAGAAGGCCAAGUUCCCCACAGAGGACUACCUGAGCACCAAGUUCAGAGCCAGUGAUGUUUUGGACAACGAUGAUGACAUCAAGCAGCUCAACAAAGAGAUCAACGACCUCAACGAAUCCAACAAUGAAAUGGAGGCUGACAUGGUCAACCUGCAGACUCAGAUCUCUUCCAUGGAGAUGAACCUGAAGAGCAUUGAGCAUGAGAACAAGAUGAUUGAGGAGCAGAACGAGGCUCUGUUCAUGGAGCUGUCCGGCCUCAGCCGUGCCUUGAUCCGCAGCCUGGCUAAUAUCCGCCUGCCACACAUGCAGGAGCCAAUCACCGAGCAGAACUUCGACAGCUACGUGAGCACCCUGACCCACAUGUACACCAACAAGGACUGCUUCCAGAGCCCCGAGAACAAAGCUCUGCUGGAGAGCAUCAACAAAGCUGUGAAAGGCAUCAAAGUCUGAGGCUGGACGCGCCCGCU